AUGUAUCAGAAGAAAGCUAAUGUAACCGCAUAUCCGACAAUAUCCAUGUCGACAGGCCAGGAGCAGCAGAAAACAGUUGGACGUUUCGAAAUUCAGUCAGUAUUGAGCACCCUGCAUGAAGGCGGCAUGCCGCAUCUGGUUGGAAGAAGAUCCGACAAAUUUGUGGUGGUGGCGCAGCGUUGUACAUCAUCUGGGACCCGUUACGAGGGACGCGCUAAUGAUUCAUUAGACCUAAAUACCCCUCUAGUUCUUCCGUCCCAGCAAUUGUCAGGAGCCGGCUCAGAAUGGAACUCACUGCCCCAAGAUCUCUUGCAUUAUCCCUAA